AUGAAUUUAUUUAACAGGAUUAUAAGAAUCAAUAUUUAAAGACCCAUUACAUCAAAAUUAACCCAAUUAAUCAGAAAUCAAUUGGAAAAUAUUGGUCUAUAUCAACCAAAAUUGCUAUCUGUUUAAAUUGAUUGUAAAGGAGGAUCUGUUGUAUAGGCUAAGCAAAUAUAGUAUUUACUUUAAAAAUUUGCCUAAAAACACAAGUUUUAUAUUUAUUUAAUUUUAGAAUACCUAUUUUAUGCUUUGCUGGAGCUCAAGUUUAUAAUAGUGCAAAUAUCCUAUUAAGUUGUGGUAAUAAGAUUAUUUCAGCAUAACAUUCAGAAAUUGGAGAUUAUAAUUUUUCAGGAUAGAUUUGGAAUAUUUCAGAAUUAAUAAAAAAAUAAAAUAUAGAUCUUAUCAAUUUAUCACAUGGAAAAUAUAAAGACCGAUUAAAUCCUUUUUAACCAAUUAAAGAGGAAGAUCGAGAAUGGUUGAAUAAUAUUAAUAUUAAUUAUGAAAUGGAAUUAAAAAGAUAAUUAACAUUGAAUUAUUCUAGAAAAUUUAUAAAUCAUUAUGAGUAAAUAGACUGUUUAAAGUAAGUUUUUGAGUCUUCCAUACUAAAUGGUUAAUAGGCUAAAAAACUAAAGUAAUCAUUAUAAAUAUUAUGAGAAUAGUUGAUGAAAUAGGAACUAUCGAUGAGUACUUAUAAUCAUAAUAUAAGAAUAUGAAAAUAAUAGAGUUUUUUAAACCUUCAGCUUCUAAUUUAUAAUAAGAAAUAAUUGAAAAAUUGAUAUCUUGA